AUGGCUGUCAGUAUUGCCAGUGUGACGGGCGUCGCGGCUGACCGAGGAGCAUCAUCUAUCCCGCCUGCCGAUCCUUCAUCGACGAUCGCUGCGUGGAUGGCAGCAAAUCCCUCAACUUCUCCGCUUACCUUCGCGUACGACUCUGCAGUUUGCAGUCGUGUCUUCAAGGAGGUCUUUGGCAAAUUCCCUCUAGAAGUCAACGCGAGUUCCUACGUGCAUAAGCAAGUUGACUGCGCUGCCGUUCAAGUACCGUACGACUACACUCAAUUGUCUGACAAGCGACGUGCGAACAUCGGCCUGUUGAGAUACAGACCCCUUGGCAUCGUCGAAGGCAAGAUCAAGCCAUCCGGAAGACUCUUCACCAAUCCAGGAGGUCCGGGUGCAUCAGGUCCAGUCUCUGUUCUCGAUGGCCACGAAAAGAUGGAGGAGUUGACAGGAGGUCAGUACGAAAUCUUCGGCUGGGACCAAAGGGGAGUCUUCAGCUCCACCCCUUCCGCUCCAACUUGCUUCAAAUCGGGCGAAGAGCAAAUCAGAUUUGGCGUGCAGUCCUCCAUACAGAUUCCGCUCGUUCCCGACGGUGAGAGCUUUACUUCGAAGCAGGUAGAGCAACGCGGAUGUCUCGAGCACUCUUCGAAAGAGAGCUUAGACUUCGCUCCAUAUAUGGGCUCCUACUUCAACGUGCUGGACUUAGAGUACAUUCGAAGACUGCUUGCUCCGUCAUCUUUGCAUUCUCCCUCAAAGGGAGCAAUCAACGCGAGGCCGCAAGACGUGGAGAACGGUGAUCUGAUGCACUUUCUCGGCUUUUCCUACUCGGCAGCUGGCACGGGUCAACUUUAUCUCAGCAUGUUCCCGCAAUUUGCAGGCAAAUUCAUACUGGAAGCGAAUGCCAAUCUGACAGCGACUCUGCGAGAUCCUCUCUACAAGCAACCAGCCACCGAUGCGCUGCUCGAGACCGAAAAGGUCAUGCUGCGAUGGCUCGACGACUGCGCCAGCAAGGCUAACAAGUCACAGUGCCUGCUGCUCGAAUACGGCAAGACGCCCUCGGAGAUACUAGCUCGCGUCGACCAAGCGUGGGCAAAGUUGUACGACCAUCCGCGUUUUGUCAAGCCGGGCAACAAGACGUAUCCCGCCGGCGACAGCGCGUUGAAUGGCCUGAUCACCAUUGCAGCGUAUCGAGACAUGAUAUUCAGGGCGAUGAACAUGUACUCUUACGAUUGGUGGGACAAUCGGGACGACUACAUGACCUGGACCUGGAAGACGAUGCUCGAUGACGAUUGGGACUUGGCAUAUGCCAUCGCCUUUAACGACACAUAUUCCAUCACGGGAGGAGGCGGCGCAGGCAAUCACACGGACGGAACAGCCUGGAACUCUAUCACGCAACUCGUCUACUGUCUGGACGCGGCAAACGACGACAACGUGACAGUCGACGACUUGGUGCAAGAAAUUUCCCACAGAGCCAUCCGCACCUCUAGACACUUUGCCCCGGCUCCGAAGAGCGAAUUCUUCACAUCUUGCUCGCGCUUGGGUUGGUCGCAUCCAGCAGGCAGAUGGGAGGGAGCCAUCUUGGCCUCUCAACCUCGCACGACCCCACUCUUUGUCUCUAACAAGUACGACUCCAUCACACCGCGAGCUAAUGCUGAGGAAGCCGUCCGAAAGUUGGGAAGAGCAAAUGCUUAUCUGGUCGUGGACCCCGGGUAUGGUCACGAGACCUGGGGAAGAAAGAAUACGACUUGUACUUUCGAAGCGCGAAAGACGUACUGGAAGGAUGGCAAAUUGGCCAAGGAUACUCUUUUCUGCUAA